CUUUUCCGUUUCAUUUUCAUCCUCUAUAUAAACUACUAAUGUCACAUGCCUCAAUCUCCAUCAACAAUAUACAUCUGAGAUCUACAAUAAUGAAGUCUUCUUGCGGCGCAAGGUUCGCGUUCUUGGUUCUCUCUCUUUUUGCCGCACAGUCCGUGGGAGUCUAUGCGGGUAGCUUCCACAGAGACGUUCAGAUACAUUGGGGUGAUGGUCGUGGAAAGAUUCACGACAAUGGAGGAAGGCUUCUUUCUCUUUCCCUUGACAAAACCUCUGGAUCCGGUUUUCAAUCCAAGCAGGAGUUUCUCUAUGGCAAAGCCGAGGUUCAAAUGAAGCUUGUCCCUGGUAACUCUGCUGGAACGGUCACAACUUUCUAUCUUAAAUCCCCGGGAGUUACAUGGGAUGAGAUCGAUUUCGAGUUCUUGGGAAACAUAAGUGGCCAUCCUUAUACUCUCCAUACUAAUGUUUACACAAGAGGCUCAGGAGACAAAGAACAACAGUUUCAUUUAUGGUUCGACCCAACUGCUGACUUUCACACUUAUUGCAUCACAUGGAAUCCCCAAAGGAUCAUUUUUACAGUUGAUGGCAUUCCCAUUAGAGAGUUCAAGAACUCAGAGUCGAUUGGAGUUCCAUUCCCAAAGAGCCAACCAAUGAGGCUCUACGCGAGUCUUUGGGAAGCAGAGCAUUGGGCCACAAGGGGAGGAUUAGAGAAAACAGAUUGGUCAAAAGCUCCUUUUACUGCUUUCUACAGAAACUACAAUGUAGAAGGAUGUGUAUGGGCUAAUGGAAAAUCAUCUUGCCCUGCAAACGCCCCAUGGUUCACUCAAAAACUUGAUAGGAGAGGCGCUAAUAGAGUGAAAUGGGCGCAGAGUAAGUAUAUGGUCUACAACUAUUGCACUGAUAAGAAAAGAUUCCCUAAAGGUGUUCCUGCUGUGUGCACUUAAAAUUAUUGAUUCUUUGAUUGGUGAAUAAGUUACUUGGCCUUGUCUUUGUAACUCAAAUUUGUGUUUAUCUAUUUUCUUUUCAUUCAUUUGUUGCUCAUAUGUAUCAGAUUUUUAAAUUAAUAGCAAACAAUAAGUUAUUGAAACAAAA